CGUAAGCUCUAGAUGCUGCCUGUAACUGUGGAGGAGAGCAAGGCCCAGCGUCUUCAGAGACAGCAGGCACGAUUUAGGGAUCGUGGAGGUGCAUUUGUUCCCUCGGAAAAGAAUGUCCUCAAAGAUAUCCUGUUGGCCCGCACCGUUUCUGGAGAGUCCCCUUCAAAAGUGGCCACGAAGUCACCCUAUCGCCACCGAAGCCGUAGCACCUCUCCAUCAAAGGCCAAACGCAACAAGACGGCCAGUAAAGCCCGAGGGAGUCCUAUCAAUGACAAGGUUUCACGCUCAAAAGCCAACACGGAGGCACCAGCGGGUUUGGUCAGUAGAAACGCUGCGGCAGGUCCCUCUACUGAGUCCGGAGGCAAAAUCUCAAAGGUGAAGACAAGGAAGAAAGCAGGUCCUACUACUCGCAAGGUUAAAGACAAGGUCAAAGCUACUGACGGUCAGCUUCUCUUCCAUUCUGUUCAGAUUAUUUCCCAUACUACUUGCCAGGCAACGAUGUCCCAGAAGCAGAAACAACCAAAGUCAAACCUGCACCCAACCGCCGAGGACGGCCGCCGAAAACCAAAUCUCAAGCUAAUGAUCAUGGCACAUAUCUACGCUGAUCCUGAAUCAUCAAACCACAAGAUGCGGAUGUCAAAGGAAAAGCCACCCGGCAUACCUAAAGUCAAAACCAAGACAGAGGCGCCUCGAUCAGACGACGAAGGCACCCUGGUAGAAGCUCCUCGACCAAAGACACACUCUAAACGCAAGCCUGUCAUUGUCACAAUCGAACCUGACGAUGAGGAUGCGCCAGUGCCUGACAACAAACCUGCAGCCGCUGAGCCUUGGGCGGUUCCGAAGUCUGCUCACAAACGGCCUUCUGCCAAAGAUGCUCCACUUAAUCGGGCACAAGCCAAACAACGCACAGGAAUUCGCAAGGAGCACUUGGAUGAAGCAGAGCCGACAUAUGCUUCUCGGGUACCGAAAUCUUCAACGCGGACGGAGGUCGAUGAGGAGUCUCCAAAUUUGGUGAAAACCAAAAUUUAUGGAUCUCUGACCGUUGAUAUCCCCAUGAAGAGAUCAACCACUAACCCCAAGCGCAGUGCACCUGAUGACGAUGUUAGCGGAGAUGUGAAACAGCCUCUCAAGAAGCCUAAAGUGUCCAAAUCCCAAAGCACUAAAUCUUUGCUUUUAUCUAACUCCGUUGCGGUAUCGAAACCUGAUCCCGAAGACACUGCUGUCAAGAAACCUCAUUCGGUUAUGAAACAAGACACGAAGAAGAAGAAGGCGCACCCACAGGAAUCGGAUGACGAAGAUCACAUGCCUAAGAAACCUGUUUCAAAGAAGGCAAGAUUUGAAGAACCGAAGCCAGGCGUGCAUAUUUCCUCCGAGAAACACAAAGAGAACGCCCUUCCAUUGAGAAAGCCGAGGUCGGGGAAGCCCAAUUCCAAGUCAAAAUCCAGAGGUCCACCGAAGGAUGUCCUAGACCGCAUCAAGGCAAGCGCUACGUUGCAUCGAAUCGACGAUAGCGAGCCGGACCCGCUUGACUGCCUGUCAUGA